AUGGUCAUCGACGAGGUUUCCCCCUACAACGGAAUCUUGGGCCGACCGUGGACCAGCAAGAUCGAAGCCAUCACAUCUGCUCUACAUCAGAAGAUCCGUUAUCCCAUCCCUGGGGGCGGGAUCAGGCAGAUCAACAGUGACCAAGCCAUGGCAAGGAGAUGCACAGCCCAAGGGCUCAAGAAGAGCAAGCAGCUGCAGUUCACACCAGUAAUGCAAUCUGCCAACGAGGCAGGAAGAGCUCAUAGCAAACAAGUAAACCCGAAAGGGAAGGAAUUAAGGAACCAGGAUCAAGGUGAGGGAAUCCGCCCGGAAGACUCCCCUGAAAAGGGUUGGAAGCCUGAGGAUGACGUUGAGUUAGUACCCCCUGAUCCUGGCCAGCCAGACAAAGAGGCGCAGAUCGGCUCGUGCCAGAAUCCAAACAAGAAGGAUCGAGACGAGGGAAUCCGCCCGGAAGGCUCCCUUGAAGAAGGUUGGAAGCCUGAGAAAGACGUUAAGUUAGUACCCCCCGAUCCUGAUCAGCCAGAGAAGGAGGCGCAGAUCGGCUCGCGCUAG